GACACUCGUCGACUCCAACAAUCGCUUCCGCAUCUCCAUACAACAAGCAUAUCAGCAAUCCAUUGAUCACUGUAUACAGGACGCGCGUAUUAGCCGCGCUUAAUCUGUUCAUCAAUCGAUCGAGGGUACAACGACAACGACGCGCCGACACGUGCGAUCGCUAUGUGCCGUCGAUAAAAAAACUGAAGAUAAAGUUGGAAAAAUAGCGAUACGACGGGAACAUCGACUGAACAUCAGCAGGCGGGAUGGCGGGUGGAUUGAACGUGAACGCGACCGAUACCACGGAUCCCGCAAGUCGGAUCUGCCGAGACUUUCUAAGGAAUGUUUGUCAUCGAGGAAAGCGCUGCAAGUACCUUCAUGAACGUUCUGAGGAUGAUCCCGUGGAGGAAUACACCUUCUGCCAUGACUUCCAAAACGGCAAAUGCAACUGGCCGGGCUGUAAGUUUCUUCACUGUACAGAGAGCGAGGAGAAGCGUUUCAGGGCAACUGGUGAACUGCCACCUCACGUUCUGAACCGAUCCAAAGUUUGCAACAACGACAAGUCGGAUCAUCCGUUAUGCAAAGACUUUAUGAAAGGUAGCUGCCAGAGGGUGAACUGCAAGUUUAGACAUUUGAAGAAAGAGGAGCCGCAGCACAAUUUAAUGUCUCCAUCGCAUCACAACGCGUCCAGACCGCAGCACAAUUUUAACGGCACCAGUAAUGGUGGUGGUGGUGCCGGUAGUGAUGGACGCAGAUACGAAGAAGACAGAAACUUUCAUUGGCAAAUGCAGGAUCAUCACAACAAUUUGGUCGCUAAUAACGGUGGUUAUAACGCAUCGUCGCAUCCAGCCGAUUACAUCGGACCGCCAGAACCAAAGAGACGAUUGGUAUCGGGAGAAACGGUUGUGCAUUUUGAAGCUUCUCCAAUCGUGGGUCAGCAGCAUGCGACUCAACCGACAGUUACUCCAAGUUACUAUUACCCUGUGAUACCACGUAAUGAAGCACGAGCUAUUGUGCUAGAGGACGAAAAUGUAUUGUUAAGGAAGAAAAUAGAAGAAUUAAAGAAACAGGUCAGCGACUUGACAGCAACGAACGAAUUUCUAUUAGACCAAAAUGCUCAAUUGAGAAUGUCAGGCAAGCGGACUGCGAACGUUACGGCUGUUACAGUCCCGGCAGUUACGAUUACAAACACAGUUCCGCCGUCGCAAGCUCCGACGCCCCAGCAGAUGGUCAAUGCGGCCGUAGCGGCGGGCACCCUUCGGACAGUCACCGCCAGUGUGGCUACUGUUCCUGUAAGUAUCGCGACCGUGGCACCCGUUUCUAUUGCUGCGGUCUCCAUGGCACCCGUCUCGAUACCGCCGCCAAUCGUCACCAUGGCUCAACAAACCAUUUCGAUGAGCGGUUCCGGACCUCCUCAAGCGACUAAUCAGCAACCGCCAAACACGCAGCAGCCUGCCAGUUUGCCCUUGUCGAUAUCUGGCGCAACCGCGCCUCUCGUUUCUUAUCCUAUCAUGACGCAAGAGCUUAGGCCUGUCUUGCAGUAGAUCUCAUCGCAAGAAUAGAAAGAACAGUUUGUAUCUGAUAGGAUAUCUAUGUACACAUGUAUGAUGUGUCACCUACUCGGCUAUGUAGGCGAAUCAAGGAUCAUAUAAUGCGAUCAUAUAAUCAAGGAUAAUAUAAUGUCCAUCUUCCUUUAUUAAAUCAUACUUCCCUUACAAGUACAUUUGAAAGUAUACAAUGGAAGAUAGAAACCAGCGGCUGUGGGAUGAUGCAGUGUAUCACCGUAGUAGAUAGACACAUUUGUAUUGAUAUAUCAUUCUUUUUCUCAAAAUUGCUUUUAUAUUUUGUUCGCAUUUUUAUGCAAAGAUCAUAAAAUCGUAAAAAAAGUAAAUGUUUUAUUCAAAACGAUUACUUUGUUAAGAUAUCGUUUCUAUCUUUAUCUCAUUGUUUAUAUUCGAAUUUGCAGGCGGAUUCUCACUAUAAUCUAUUUUAUACUUUUAAAAAAAUAUGUAAAAUGUAAUUACUUUUCUUUUAUAAAUAGUAUAUUAGAAAUAUACGAUAAUAUACGAUUACGCAAUAACAAUCGUCGAUAUUGUCGGCGGAUAUAUAUGUCCAAAGUGUGUAUAAUUGUAGAAUAAUAGGAGCGACAAUCUAUGAUUACGUGAUAUAAUUUGAUAGAUUAAUGAUAUGAUUAUAAGAUGUAGUUACGUCAUGACAUUAUGUUCCUUCGUCUUCUUCUUUGUUUAUUGGAUUAUAUUAUCGUGCUGUCAUAUUAGUUUCUUCUCUCCUAUGUAAAGCUAAACUAGAGAGUAAUAUAUAAUAAGCAGUUAAUAAGAGCACCGUCAAAAAAAUUAUAAAGGAGACAUAAGACAAGGGAUAUCUCUUUUAGAUAAUAUGUUAACAUAAGUACAAAGAUUAGAAAAAAAAAGAUAUAAGUAGUAUAUUAAAGAUAUUUAAAAAAGAUUUACACCGCGCUUUAUUAGUCCGAAUUCGCAGAAUCAUACAAUUCUGUACAGGUUGCUGUACAUAAUGUAUUCCAUUGCUUUUUCUUUAUUUAUCUAAUAUAUAUAGAUAAAUUUUGUACUUCUAUUUUAAGUAAGCAAAUUUUUGGUAAAAUAUUUUAAUUAAGUACUUAUCUCAUGAUCCUUCACUUUCCAAUUUCUAUAAUUUACUUAAGCAAGCAGCUUUUUGUUAGAAUGAUAAAGCAAAUGGUAAAAGCAAUUAUAAAUUUGUAUUUAACCCGUGAUAUGCAGCAUACAAAUCGUACAAAUCGUACACGGUAUAUAAAAAAGACGCUGUAAAUUAAAUAGGCAUCUUGAUUUUGAGUCAUAUUGUUGAUCAUGACUCGAUAUAUACUUGUAUAUAUUUUGCGACAAUUAGCAUAAGAAAUUGAGCACUAUGUACUCGCGUAUUUUAUAUAUGCAUACAAAUGUAUAAUCUUUUACGUAUAAAUUUACGUUGAAAAGCACUUUAUUAAAAAAGAAGAAAUAU